AUGAUUCCAGAUGAUGAGUCCAUGAUGGCAUUUCCAUAUGUUAAAGUGAUUUUCGAAAUUGGUCAUGAGGCGUCUGUUAGGAACAAACGAACACCAGAAGGGUUUACUCAUGACUGGGAAUUGUUUGUUCGUGGUGCUGAUAACACUGACAUACAUUUCUUUAUCGACAAAGUUGUGUUCCAUUUACAUGACACAUUUCCAAAUCCAAAAAGAGUUGUUAAAGAACCACCAUAUGUCGUGAAAGAAUCAGGAUAUGCUGGUUUUCCGUUACCUAUUGAUAUCUAUGUAAAAAAUAAAGAUGAACCAAGAAAAAUUAGGUUUAAUUAUGAAUUGGUACUUCAAGAACGUGGUUUACCACCUAUGUCUAGAGUCACUAGAGAAACUUAUGUAUUUAGCCCUUCAGAAGAUUUCAGGCGAAAGCUUAUCAAAGGUGGAGGAACUAGUGUCUUAUCUCAUGAUGGAACUGAAGCAAAAAACUCCACUUCAAGUUCUGCCAUAUCAAAACAAAAAUCAACUACAAAUACUAAUCGAUUGCCAUCACCGCCACCAAAAAAAAAUAAAAAAGAAGAUAUAAAACUAAAUAAUACAUUUGCCACACUUUUUGGGUCUCCAAUACAGCCUUCAAAGUUACCACUGACUACAUCAAAAUCAACAUCACAAAAGUUGUCUUCCUCAGAAAAAUCGCAAGUUAAAAUUAAAAGUAGCCCACACCAUAAAGAUGAUAAGAAAGAUAAAGAUAAAGAAAGAGAUAAAGAGAAGAAGAAAUUGAAAGAAUUAUCUAUAGACAAGGUAAAAAAAGAUAAAGAUAAGAAAGAGAAAACUAAAGAAAGUUCUGAAAAAUCAAAGCCUCUCAAACAAAGUAGUUCUAAACCGGAAAAAAAAGAAUCUACUCACCAUGAAAAAAUUAAAGAAAAGUCAAAUGACACUAAAUUAGAAAAGAAAGAAUUUAAAGAUAAAAGCAAACGUGAAGAUAAAAUAAAAGAGAAGAAUAAAGAUAAGUCCCAUAAAGAUGAAAAAUCAUAUCAUGAAACCAAAACUAUUAAACAAGAAAUAAAAACUGAAUGCAAUGAUCAAGAAAAAAAGAAACAUAAAAGUUCACCGGAAUCGAUUAAAAUAAAGUCUGAUAAAAAAAUAGAAAAAUCUGAAAAAUCAUCUAAACCUCAUAAAAGUCACAAGGAGCACAAGAAAAGAGACAAGAGAGAUAAAGAAGAAAAAUUAAUUAAAAAGGAAGAAAAAUCUAGUUUUGUCGAACAGGAACCUUCUUAUAAACACCUUGAUAUACCUCAAACAGUUACAUUAGUAGAAGAGUUUCCAAAAGUUAAGGAAGAAAUACUAGAGUGUUUGCCGCCGCCAAAAGCUAAUUCUUCAAGAGUUCAUGAACCUGAGCUUGAGUCUGAAGAAGAAUUCCUCUCUGAGGAUAGUGAACCCCCUUAUCAACCACCAGAACCACCAAAGCCUAAAGAACCAGAACCUCCCAAAAAGAAGCUUUCCCCAGAGAAUAAUUUUAUAAAAAAGAAAAAACGAAAAAAGAAGGAACGUGACACGGAAGAAACAAAACCAAAAACUAGCCGACUGGAGAUUGCGGAACAUGUACGAGAAACAUGUUCAGACAUUUCUAGAUCACCAUCACCUUCACACAGUAACAACAAAUUCACUGAUGAAUAUAUAAACUCAUUAAAACAUCUUCAACACAAAAUAAUGAUGUUAGAAGAUGAAGACCUUCAAAGGGUAGUCACUGUAAUAGCCGAAACUGGACAUUAUGAAAUAACUACAAAAACUUUUGAUUUCGACCUCUGUGCUUUGAAUGAAACUACUGUGAAAAAACUACAAGAACUUAUUACUUAG